CAGCACUGUAUGAAGUGAGAGUGGGGGUUUCUCCCAGAUCUGGGAGAUCUCCGUAACCUGAUCUCCAGCUUAGAGUCGGAGCUGGGAGUGUGGCAGUGAAAGACUGGCAGAUCUCUGUGUAAGAGCUGCAGAAAUGAUCAACUUAGAGGGAUCAGUGACACUCCAGGAUGUGGCUGUGGAAUUCACCCCAGAGGAGUGGCAGCUGCUUGACUGUGAUCAGAGAACCUUGUAUUGGGAUGUGAUGUUGGAGAACUUUAGAAACCUCAUCUCAAUGGGGUGUCCAGUCACCAAAACAAAAGUGAUCUUCAAGGUGGAGCAAGGACAAGAGCCAUGGAUGGUGGAGGGAGAGAACCCACGUUGGCGCUCUCCAGAAGCUGACUGCCCACUUAUUGAUGAAUCAGACAAGCACCACGAAAGCAAAGACAAUUUUUUGAAUUCAGUUUUGUUCAUGUUCAAUAAAAUUCUGACUGUGAAGAGACUUCAUGGUUAUAAUAUGAGCACAAGUCUUAAUCCUACAAGAAAAAAAUCAUAUAAAUGUAAGUCAUAUAGGAAGAGUUUGCAACCUACUUCAGACUUACUUAAUUGUAAUAGAUGUUAUACUGGAGAAAACUGUUAUGAAUGCAGUGAAUGUGGGAAAGCCUUCAAAAAGAAGUUUCAUUUUAUUAGACAUGAAAAAAAUCAUACAAGAAAAAAACCCUUUGAAUGCAACGACUGUGGGAAAGCCUAUAGCAGGAAGGCUCACCUUGCAACUCAUCAGAAAAUACAUAAUGGAGAGAGACCCUUUGUGUGCAGUGAUUGUGGGAAAGCUUUUACGCAUAAAGCACAACUCUUGGUCCAUCAGAGACUCCACACUGGAGAGAAGCCUUAUGAAUGCGGUCAAUGCGGGAAAUCAUUCACCUGGAACUCCUCCUUUACUCAACACGUGAAAUCACAUACACUUGAGAACUCAUUUGAAUGUAAGGAAUGUGGGAAAACCUUCAGGUAUAGUUCAUCCCUUUAUAAACACUCUAGAUUUCAUACAGGAGAGAAACCCUAUCGAUGCAUCGUAUGCGGCAAAGCCUUUGGCAACACUUCUGUGCUUGUUACGCAUCAAAGAAUUCACACAGGAGAGAAACCUUAUGGAUGUAUUGAAUGUGGCAAAGCCUUCAUCAAGAAGUCUCAUCUCCUCAGACAUCAGAUAAUUCAUACAGGAGAAAAGCCCUAUGAAUGUAGCAAAUGUGGGAAAGCAUUUUCCCAGAAGUCAAAUCUUAUUGUACAUCAGAAAAUUCAUAUGUAAUAUUCACUUAUGAAUCUGAGAAAACUUUAAAUAUUUGAUAAACCUUAUUAAGUAGAGAAUUUAUGGUGAGGAGAAAUCCACCAACCUGAAUGAACUGGAAGAAUAAAUUCCCAUUAAAAAAACCAAUGCCAAUCAUGUUCUCAAGUGAUAAUAAAGUUUUUAGAGAAAAGAUCACAGAAAAAGUUAAUUUAUAAAUGCACAUAGAGCUUGGAAAGUAAGCAUAAAUUAAACAAU